AUGUUGGCUGUUCUAGCUCUGCUGCUGACAACUCUGGAAAAGCUCACUGGAGAACAGCUGAAGACAUUUCAGUCUAAACUGAACGCUGACAGACAGGACACAGUGGGUCAGAUGGUGAAGAAAUACGGCCCUGAGAGAGCUGUGGGGAAAACACAGAGGAUCCUGAGGGGGAUGGACCAGAAUGAUCUGGCAGAGAAGUUAGAGAUAGAUUACAGACACAGAAGAGGUAACACCGUAAAACUGUGUUAAGAAAAAUUUAUCAUAAACGUUCCUUCAAACAAAGACAACAUGAUUUAAAUGAAUAAUUGUUGAUGAACAGGACAAUGUAUUACGACAAUUAUACUGUUAUCUCUCUUCACUUCCUCUUCUAUACCUGUAUCUACCACAGAAACAUGGUGGAGCAACUCAUCAGAUGCUGACAGUGAUGUAUUUAUAUGUCUUCGGAGGAAGUGGCAUAGGGCACUGGUAAUGAAGGUAAGACUAGUAGCCAUGUCUGAGAGGUCAAAUGUCAUUGCGAACAAACCACAUAUAGAUCACAGCCACAUGCAGUCUGAAGUAGUGAUGGGUCAUGCGCACAAGCAUCGGCUCUGAGAGCCGGCUCUUUGUAGUGAAUCAGAAGAGCCGGCUCGCAUCGAGUGAGAGCCGGCUCCCAGUUUUUUGCCCAUUCGCUGCUUAGGUUUCACUUUCACAGAGGUCUGUUAUGAUUGGCCAGCAUGGCGACCAGCAUGCGGCAUUCACGUGAGAAUUAAGGAUGUGUAAACAGAGAGGGGGCGGGGCAGACACACCACUUGACUCCACUGCAAGUGAAGAGAGAGACAGAGCGGACUGAGGAGCGUGUGUGCGUCUUGCAUUGUCGUGUCGUUUAACUAUGAGUGACACUAGAAAGCGAAGCAGCAUCUGGCUGCAGUUUAAAGAUAUUGGGAACAAGAAAGCAGAGUGCCUUCACUGCAAAACGAAGGUCACUAUAAGAGCAGGUUCCACCACAAACCUGCAUAGACAUACAAGAACUGUCCAUCCUACAGUGCAGUUAGAGGAGAGAGGGCAAGCCAGCUCACCAUCUACUGAUCCUGGUGUGUCUCAUACCAGAACAACAGCUGCUGUAACGUCUACUGCCAUCCCCAUGCGUGCAAGUAUAACCUCUCCUACUGCAACUCAAAGCAAAAUAAGUCAGUUUUUACCUAAACUUUUACCUAAACUGAUGACCCCAGCCAAACAGCACAGUAUUGAUGAUGAGUUGGCUAAAAUGGUAGCUUCUGAUUUUCAACCCUUUUCCAUUGUGGAGGACAAAGGAAUGAAAAACUUUGUCAAAGCCCUAAAUCCCACAUACACUCUACCCAGUAGAAAAACACUUUCCCAAACAAUGAUCCCAAAACUAUAUGACACAGAACGUGCAUUAUGGCAAGAAAGGGUGACAAAAGCUCCAUCAGUUUGCCUGACAACUGACUGCUGGACCUCCAGAACAACCUGCUCUUUCAUGUCUGUCACUUGCCACUUUAUUGAAGAUUACAAGAUGACAUCUUGCCUUCUGGACUGCUUCGAGUUCACCGACAGACACACUGCAGAAAACUUGGCAGUGGAGCUACUAAGAGUGGCAAAAGAGUGGCAAGUAGAGGACAAAGUGGUGUGCUGUGUGAGUGAUAAUGCUGCAAACAUCACCAAAGCCAUAAAAGUUUUGAAGUGGACCCAUCACCCAUGUCUGGCGCAUACACUAAACCUGGUGGUUAGAGAUGCUCUGAAGGUGAUCAAAACAACCGUGGAUAAGGUGAAGGCUGUUGUGGAGUUUUUCCACAAAAGCACAGUAGCAGCACAGAAGCUAAAGUCCACACAGCGCCAAAUGGGGAUUCCUGAACUGAGGCCCAAACAAGAGUGUGCCACCAGGUGGAACUCAACAUUUGAUAUGUUGAAACGAAUGCUUGAAAUAAAAGAUGCCAUCAUCUCCACCCUGGCCCUCAUCAACGCAUCUAUUGAGCCAUUAAGCCAAGAGGAAUGGGAGCUGGUGAAAGAGGUCUGCGCCGUCCUGCAACCAUUCCAGGAGGUGACUGUGGAGAUAAGUGCAGACAGGUACCUAGAACCAUUGAAGCAUUGUUUUCUCUACUACUAUUCAGUCACUAUUAUACAUUGCAAACACAACACAUACAGUAUAAUGCAUCACGUAUAAUAUGCCACAUACUUUUAAAAAACUAAAUUCUAAAAGUUGCUGUUUUCUCUCCUUCAGCUAUGUCACAGCCUCGAAAAUGCUCCUGCUUUGCAAAGGUCUGCAGCUGGUGACAGCCGAGAACCAAUGGACAGUAACUGUGCAGAAAGUGAAGGAAUUAGUUGCAGCUCUUUGUUCAGCCAUGGACCGCAAAUUUCUGCGGAUGGAGUACAACACUGUCCUUUCAGAAACUACCUUAUUGGAUCCAAGGUUUAAAAAACUUGCCUUCAGUGAUCGUAGAGCUGUUGAUGAAGCUCUUCAGAGGAUUAGUGCAGCAGCAGCAGCAAAAUGCACCCCCAGCAGCCAGCCAGCUCCACCAUUACAGGGCCAAGUGGAGGAGGAGCAGCAAACCUCUGCUGUUUGGAGGCUUUUUGAUGACAGAGCUACAGGAGAUGCUUCAAGGAGAAAUCCGACAGCUGAUGCUAUAAUGGAGGUGAGGAGCUACCUUGAGGAGCCCCUCAUCCAGAGAGCAGAAGACCCACUGAGCUGGUGGCAGGCCAAGGCCUCAGUCUUUCCACUCCUGGUGAAGGUGAUGGAGGGGAGACUAUGUAUUGUUGCCACAUCAGUUCCUUCUGAGAGAAUCUUCUCCAAAACAGGGCAGAUACUCACGGAGAGGCGAAAUCGUAUCAGCCCAUCCAAGCUGAGGCAUCUGAUCUUCCUGAAUGCCAACCUGCCCUGAGGACUAAUGCUGUUUGCUGGAGUUUGGUUCUGGUUUUGAUUCUGUUCUGUGGAUUUGUUUGAAGUUUAUUGUUAAUUUGUGCAAUAAAAAAGUUUAAUUGAAAUAAACAAAUGUAAGAGUGGUUUUGUCACAGAAUAAAUGCACAGAAUUAGGCAUUAUAAGGUCUCUCAUAAAAACACUGAAAGCAAAAGGGUUUUCAACACAUAAACCAUGAUUUUUUUUCAAAGUUAAGGUAAAAUAUAGGCUACAAAAGAUCCUAAAUAAAGAGCCGUUCGGGAGUCGAAAGAGCCGGCUCUUCUUUGGGAGCCGAGUCAAAAGAGCCGGCUCUCAGAAAAGAGCCGAACUUCCCAUCACUAGUCUGAAGUGUGUGUGAGUGAGUGCUCACUGUCAUAGUCAGUUCUACCCUCAUAUGUUAAAACACCUGUACUCACUGUCAUAGUCAGUUCUACCCUCAUAUGUUAAAACACCUGUACUCACUGUCAUAGUCAGUUCUACCCUCAUAUGUUAAAACACCUGUACUCACUGUCAUAGUCAGUUCUACCCUCGUAUGUUAAAACACCUGUACUCACUGUCAUAGUCAGUUCUACCCUCGUAUGUUAAAACACCUGUACUCACUGUCAUAGUCAGUUCUACAGUUCUACCCUCAUAUGUUAAAACACCUGUACUCACUGUCAUAGUCAGUUCUACAGUAUGAAAUGAUACAGUCCACACAUACAGUCUAGAUAAUUAACUAAUCUCUCAUGUACACUAUGAGUGGUGGGGGUCAGGCUGCAUCCCUACACACACACACAAUAGACAAAAAGGCUGUGUGUGUGUGUGUGUGUGUGUGUGUGUGUGUGUGUGUGUGUGUGUGUGUGUGUGUGUGUGUGUGUGUGUGUGUGUGUGUGUGUGUGUGUGUGUGUGUGUGUGUGUGUGUGUGUUAUCUGCCUCUGAGAAGGAAAGGAAGCCAGCAGGUGAGGAGAGUGAAGAGCCGUCCAGCAAAGAAAGUGUCACGAUCGUUUAAAGACGAGAAGGACCAAGGCGCAGCGUGAUAUGCAUUCAUAUUUAUUUCCGUACUGAACACACGACAAAACAACAAACGAAACGUGAAGUCCAAGGUAGACAAAUAACAUACCUUUACGGAACAAGAUCCCACACAGACUGGUGCCAAACGGCUGCCUAAGUAUGGUCCCCAAUCAGAGACAACGAGCUACAGCUGCCUCUGAUUGGGAACCACCCUGGCCAACAUAGAUCUAAACGAUCUACAAACUAAACAUAAAAAUAAACACAACACGAAAUAUACACACCCUGACUCAACAAAUAACCGUCCCCUGAGUCAGGGCGUGAUAUGCAUUCAUAUUUAUUUCCGUACUGAACACACGACAAAACAACAAACGAAACGUGAAGUCCAAGGUAGACAAAUAACAUACCUUUACGGAACAAGAUCCCACACAGACUGGUGCCAAACGGCUGCCUAAGUAUGGUCCCCAAUCAGAGACAACGAGCUACAGCUGCCUCUGAUUGGGAACCACCCUGGCCAACAUAGAUCUAAACGAUCUACAAACUAAACAUAGAAAUAAACACAACACGAAAUAUACACACCCUGACUCAACAAAUAACCGUCCCCUGAGUCAGGGCGUGACAGUACCCCCCCCCCCCCCCCCCCCAAAGGUGCGGACUCCGACCGCGCCACAUAAACCUAAUAGGGUAGGGGCCGGGUGGGCAUUCCGCCUCGGAGGCGGAUCUGGCUCCGGGCGUGACCACCACCUAUUCUCCGCCUCCCCGUUGCGCCCCUGGUCAGGUCUGGACCUCGGCGCGCUGCUUCCCCUCUCCUUCCUCUCACGAAGUACCAAGCCCUGUCUGGACCCUGGUGUGGGAGACCCCGAACCUGGAGAGGGGCUGACGUCCGGGUCUGGACUGGAACCGCUGACUGGAGCUGGACCCGACGACGGUGGAUUGAACUGCUCUGGCUCCGGGGUGGAGCCGCUGACCGGAACUGGAUCAGGCACCGGUGGAGCGGACUGCUCUGGCUCCGGAGUGGAGCAGCUGACCGGUGCCGGACCAGGCACUGGUGGAACAGGCACGAGCCGUGCCAGACUGGACACACGCACCACUGGCUUGGUGCGGGGAGCAGGAACGGGCCGGACCGGGCUGACGACGCGCACCACUGGCUUGGUGCGGGGAGCAGGAACGGGCCGUACCGGACUGGCGACGCGCACCACUGGCCUGGUGCGGGGAGCAGGAAUGGGCCGGACUGGGCUGACGACGCGCACCACUGGCUUGGUGCGGGGAGCAGGAACGGGCCGGACUGGGCUGACGACGCGCACCACUGGCUUGGUGCGGGGAGCAGGAACGGGCCGUACCGGACUGGCGACGCGCACCACUGGCCUGGUGCGGGGAGCAGGAAUGGGCCGGACUGGGCUGACGACGCGCACCACUGGCUUGGUGCGGGGAGCAGGAACGGGCCGUACCGGACUGGCGACGCGCACCACUGGCCUGGUGCGGGGAGCAGGAAUGGGCCGGACUGGGCUGACGACGCGCACCACUGGCUUGGUGCGGGGAGCAGGAACGGGCCGUACCGGACUGGCGACGCGCACCACUGGCCUGGUGCGGGGAGCAGGAACGGGCCGGACUGGGCUGGCGACGCGCACCACUUGAUUGGUGCAAGGAGCGGGACUGGGUUCCUUCAUUAACCCCCGCUCCUUCUGCUGCCUAACCAGCUCCUCUCGCCGUGCCUCUACACUUUCCUUCUGCUCCCUCUGCACCAAUGACCCCCUUAAUCUGGUGGCCUCCUCUGCUAAACGGCUGAACCGCUCUAUCGCGGCCUCCUGCUGCCUCGUCGUCCACGCCGUGAGCCCCCCCCUAAAACAUUUUUGGGCUUGUCUCUCCCCCGUGAUCAUGGCCUCCAUCCCUCUUGCCAGACUCUCACUCAUCUCCUCCCAAGUCCAUCCUCUCUCCUCAUCACGCUGCUUGAUCCAGGAUUGGUGGGAUCUUGUUCCGUGUGAGGUAUGUUAUUAGUCUACCUUGGACUUGACGUUUCGUUUGUUGUUUUUGUCGUGUGUUCAGUACGGAAAUAAAUAUGAAUGCAUAUCACGCUGCGCCUUGGUCCUUCUCGUCUUUAAACGAUCGUGACAGAAAGAAAGAAAGAAAGAAAGAAAGAAAGAAAGAAAGAAAGAAAGAAAGAAAGAAAGAAAGAAAGAAAGAAAGAAAGAGAGAAAGAGAGACAAGUUGAAUAUGUUUCUAGAAAGAGAGAAAGAUAGACAAGUUGAAUAUGUUUCUAUUAAACUACUCUUCAAACCCUUUAAAAUCGAUUGUUUUUACAUUUUAGAGGUCUCCUGAAAACUUUGAACCAGAAAUCUAUGAUCGUGAGGGCAAGGGAGCGUACAGGUAACUUCAUUUUACUUGUUUUCUCAUGAAUAGUUUGUAAGGACAAUGCCUCAUUUUUCAAAUCAUAUUCAGGGAAUGUAAUUAAAAUGUAAUUCUUCACCAUUGUUUGUUCUACAGGUUCCAGUGCAGUAUAACAGGCCUGGUGUUUAGGAUGGAGGGAGAGGGAGAGGUGCUCUAUAGGACAGUCCCCUGGGACAGGAGGCUUCUAGCCCAGAGAGGCAAGAGGCCUGCAGGACCCCUGUUCAAGUUUACAUGCCUUAAGGGGUCUGUCUGUCAACUACACCUCCCACACUGUGAGAUUCAUUCUGGUAAGUAAUACAUUUCCAGGGAGGUUAUAGACUACAUAUUCUUAAUCACCAUCAGUAGCAUCACUACUCCACUACUUGGUUGUUUUUGUCAUCUGAACAGAAGACUAAUGUUCUCUUUCUCUCCUAGAGGGUGGAUGUGACUUCCUGUCUGUAGCCCAUGUGACUGAUGAUGACAGUACGGAGUUUCUCCAUCCCCAUGAGACAACAGAAACUCAUGUCAUAUUAAACAUCAAUGGAUUCAGCAAAUAUGGCAUCAGCAAGGAUAAGGAAGCUCCUGUCUCUCCUAUCCGUGGUCUGGUGCUACUAUUUUACCAACUCCCAGAUGAUACAAAUAAUUCCACCCUAAAUGUGUUGUUGCUGCCUAGGAAUGUUGACAUUGAUGAGGUAAGUAGAUUAGAGUUGUCAAAUUCCUCUUUCGUUGGAAUUCUAUCAAACUCGUACUGUUGAACUCACCUUUUGCCUUAUUUUGGGGUGUAACGUAACACUAAAUGGUGAAUCCAAACCAGGGGGGUCUCUCGCUCGUCAACCCAACAUCUUAACCAUUACAUCAAGACGGUACCCUCAAGGUCCGAGGGCGACAUUUGGGCUUCCAUGUUUCAGGCAGGGCUUACUGUCACGACUUCCUCCGAAGCUGCUUCCUCUCCUUGUUCGGGCAGGCUUCGGUGUUAGUCGUCACCGGCCUUCUAGCCACUGCCUCUCCUCAUCUCAUCAUUCCAUUAGUUUUGUCUUGUUUAUUACACACACCUGGUUCAUAUUCCCCUCAUUAGUACCUGUAUAAGUGUUCCCGCUGCCCCCUUGUCUCUGUGUGUGAUUGUUUAUUGUGGAGGUUAUAUGAGCUCGGUGGAGCGCCUUGUACUUUGUAUCGACAUAUAUACAGAAUAAACCUUUAUUCUGUGAUUUACCCUCCUGUGCCUGACUACCUCAUCAUGACAGUGUGUUCCAAUCCAUUUUCAAUCCUCUCAAGGUGUGUGAGAAAAGGAGGAGAAGGAAUGGAGACAGAGAAAUCUACAUUGAAAUAAAUCCUAACUGUAUACUAACCCCGGACCAAAAAUACACCUUCUCCACCGAUCUUACAGAUGAACAUCACAUAGAUCCAAAGGUAGGCUAAUAUAUAUAUAACAUGAGCUAGAGAGAGAGAGAGAGGAAAUGUGUUAACACAUGUACAUUAUUUUUGUGAUGCUACCUUGAUAAGAAAUAGAAAUCACGUACAAUUCUGUUUGACAUGAUACUUAUGCAUUUUUUUCAGGAUGCAGAGUUUGUGGAUUAUGAUUCCUAUGGAAACUACAUGCCAACAUUUCAGUUGCGUUUAAAAACUGUUGUUGAAGAAGUUAAUCUUCUUCUGGAAGAACAUGACGGUCCUGAAAAUGAAUGUGUAUGGAACCGCCUUGUUUCACUACAAGGUAACUGAAAUUCAGAGAGAGUGGGAGUUACUAUAGAACUAGUAGUAAUAAUAGCAUUUUACAUUAGUAGCAAUCAUCAUAAUAUAUGGUAGUAGUGCUGUUGUUGAUUUAAUCUAAUUAUGAUACAAUUGAUUAUUUCACCAUAUAAAUGUAGUACAUCACCUUGUCUUUUAAUCCACAGCCUCACCAACAGAAGUGAAGUCUACAGGUAACUGGUCUCAUCAAACCUUAUACUUGUCUUAGUCUCAUCAACUCACAAUUCAAUUGUGAACAACUCAUAUUCUCCUAAUGGUUCUGUGUUGUGCGCCAUUUGAUUUGACCUGCGGUUUAACCUCAUAAACUGCACCAUAAACUUAAACGACUAUAUUCUUUAUGGUCUGUCACUUAUUUUGUUAAAGGUCCUGCACAGUCAAAAUCAAGUUUUUCAUGAAAUGUGAUGAUAUUCGGAUUAAAUCAGAUCAAAGUAGGAUGACCAAAGUAUGAAAAAUGACUGUUGCUUCUGCAUUGAUAAAGUUAUCAUAAAGUUACUCAUCCUCUCCCCCAUGUCAACCACUUGGAUUCAGGAGCUGGGAUUAUUAAAGGAUUUUUGUGACAUUAUUUUCUUACCUAAUUAAAAUAAGUACCGCCUUGUAACCAACACCGCAGAAGGCGUAUUCGCAGAGGGGUGUGGUUUACAAAGCAGCGUGUUCGAUGAAUAGGGGAAACCUGUAAUUAUAUUUUCUAAGGCAAAUAUACGUUCCGCUUUCAUCUGUGUCUGGUGUUAGCUAGUUACUGGCUAGCUAGGUCUUUCACCAGCAUGGAACAAAAAUGGAGGAAGGUUAGCCCAAUUCUCAGACACAAUUGUCAUGUCAUUACAUCAAGAGACAAACAUGAGAUUCAUACAAACUUCUUGACAUCAUUGAUAGUCAUGAUAUAUGACAUAUUAAUUAAUUAACAUUGUCUGACUGAGUGGACAAAACAUUAUGAACACCUGCUCUUUCCUGACAUAGACUGACCAGGUGAAUCCAGGUGAAAGCUAUGAUCCCUUAUUGAUGUAACUUGUUAAAUCCACUUCAGUCAGUGUAGAUCAGGGGUGUCAAACUCAUUUUAGCUCAGGGGCCACAUGGAGGAAAAUCUAUUCCCAAGUGGGCCGGACCGGAAAAAUCAUGGUAUAUAUAACUUAAAAACAACAACUUCAGAUUGUUUUCUUUGUUUUAAUACGAUCAACAUACAACAUAAAGCUGGAGCCUGAGGACAGUGUGUCCAAAAUAGUACAAGCACAACAUCACUAUUAAUCAUAAAACACAUCAAGUUUAUUUGAAAAUUCUAAAGAAAAAGAACACAAACACACAAUGCCUCAGUGAUUAACAGAACUGUUUCACAGAUCACAGAACUAUAUCAGGGUGUCAUUUCUCAGGCAGAAAUGUAGAUAAAAAUAAUGAAAUCCUGUUCCCCAAACAAGUGCAAGAACCACAGAGUCAAGAAUAGGUUAAAUAUACAAAUAAAAUCAAUUAAAAACAAUAGCACAUCAACAUAAAAACAUAUAAACAUAAAGCUGGAGCCUGAGGACAGUGUGUCCAAAAGCACAACAUCACUAUUAAUCAUAAAACACCUCAAGUUAUUUGAAAGUUCUGAGGACAAAGAACACACAAACACACAAUGCCUCAGUGAUUCACAGAAAUAUAUCACAGAUCACAGAACUAUAUCAGGGUGUCUCAUGUAGCACUUUAAGUGGGGUUGCAUAGUUCCUGAUACCUGGCAUCUUUUAGCUUUCACCAGCGCAUCAAUAUCAGGCGUCACAUCCUGAGUGGCAGCCAACUUCAGGAUGUGAUUCAAGUGCUUGUGCGUGAGCCUUGAGCGCAGCUUUGUUUUAUUUAUGCUCAUUACAGAGAAAACUUGCUCACAAAGAUAUGUGGUUCCAAACAUGCACAACAGUUUUGCAGCGAGGGCUGUCAAGUUGGGGUAACCUGGCAAGAGAUUCUGAUUAAAUGUGUCCAAGCCAGCUGCAGCAAAUUUGCCCUUCAAAUCCGAGUCACACUGCAAGUCUAUUAUUUCAAGUUGGAUGUGGUCCUCUGUAGCUCAGCUGGUAGAGCACGGCGCUUGUAACGCCAAGGUAGUGGGUUCGAUCCCCGGGACCACCCAUACACAAAUUUUUUUGUGGGGAUUUAGCAGACGCUUUGGAUAAAAGCGUCUGCUAAAUGGCAUAUUAUUAUUAUUAUUAUUAUUAUUAUUAUUAUGCUGACGGGCAGAUCAGCGGGAUUCACGGUGAAUGGCGAGCAAAAAACGUUGAAGUCUUUCUCCAGUUCACCAAAAAUCUGAAAGCGUUGCUCAAACUCCUGUAACAGUCCCGUUAUUUUAUCUUUGAACCGCUUCAUGUCUGCCACAUGUUGGGUCGCGCACACAUUUUUCAGACAGGGGAAGUGAGCUGCAUCACCACCGGCAAGUUGCGUCUCCCACAAUGACAGCUUCAACUUGAAAGAACGUAUGCUGUCAUAAUACUGCGUGACAACUUUGUUGCGCCCUUGCAGCUGUUUGUUCAAGUUAUUCAGGUGCUCUGUAACAUCCACCAUAAAUGCAAGGUCCUGCAUCCAUUCUGCGGAAUGGAAUUCUAACACUGUUCAAUUUCUUCUCGUAAAUCAAAGAAACGCCUCAGCACCUCGGCUUAACCAUCUUACCUCAGUGUGGUAUGGCAGGCCAUAGAUGUGGUCUUUCUCUCUGAGAAGGCUGUCAAACUGACGGUGAUUCAGGCUUCUGGAUCAGAUGAAAUUAACAGUUUGGAUGACCACCUUCAUGACGUUAUCCAUCUUUAAUGACUUGCAACACAAAGCCUCCUGGUGCAAAAUACAGUGAAAAGUCAAAAAAUCACGUCCUCCAUUUGCAGAUUGCACUUUCUCUCUGAACUUUGUCACAACGCCUGCUUUUUUCCCGAUCAUUGAGGGUGCACCAUCUGUAGCCAGGCUGACAGCGCGGGACCAGUCCACUCCGACCCUGUCCAGCGCGCCGACGAGUGCGGUAAAAAUAUCAGCUGCUGUCGUUGUAUCUGUCAUCGGCACCAACUCCACGAACUCCUCGGUGACGGUCAAUGUGUCAUCAACUCCGCGGAUGAAAAUGGCCAGUUGUGCAACAUCUGUAAUGUCCGUGCUUUCAUCAAUUGCAACCGAAAACGCAAUAAAUGACUUUACUUUUUGCUUCAACUGGCUGUCCAAAUCCACUGAAAGAUCGGAAAUCCUGUCUGCAACUGUGUUUCUUGUCAGGCUGAUAUUUACAAAAGCCUGAUGCUUUUCAGGGCACACAAUCUCAGCUGCCUUCAUCAUGCAUGUGUUUACAAAUUCACCCUCACUAAAUGGUUUUGAAGCCACUGCGAUUUCAUUAGCAAUGAGGUAGCUAGCUUUCACUGCAGCGUCACUGAUGUCUCGGCUGUGAGUAAACACAGACUUGACCUACUUGCUCUGCCCCGGUAUAAACAGUUUGCUUGCUUAACACAAUUGCUAUUGCGCCAUCCAGUGGACGCAAUUGGAACAUCAGUUUAUUUUAUUGAAAAAUUGCAGCGCAUUUUUAUACUUUACAAAAUCAUCUCGCGGGCCGGAUUAAACCCGUUUGCGGGCCUGAUCCGGCCCGUGGUCCGGACGUUUGACACCCCUGUCCUAGACGUUUCCACUUCACAAUAACAGCACUUACAGUUGACCGGGGCAGCUCUAGCAGGGCAGAAAUUUGACUAACUGAUUUGUUGGAAAGGUGGCAUCCUAUGACGGUGCCACGUUGAAAGUCAUUGAGCUCUUCAGUAAGGCCAUUCUACUGCCAAUGUUUGUCUAUUGCGAUUGCAUGGCUGUGUGUUCGAUUUUAUACCCCUGUCAGCAACGGCUGUGGCUGAAAUAGCAGCUCCUUCAGGGUUAUCUAGACAACAGAAACAUAGAUCAUAAUAAACAUCACUGGAUUCUCUGAUUAUGGCCUCACCAAGGAUGAGGCUCCUGUCUUCCCUAUCCAGGGGCUUGUGUUGUUAUUCCACCAACUGUUUGUCCCUGAAGAGAGGUCCAUCCUGAAUGUGUUGUUGCUUCCCAGUAAUGUUGUGAUCAGGGAGGUCAGCAUAACAUUUCAAACCCCACUUCUAUCUGGCUGGAAUUCCACCAAGCUGGCAGUGUCAAAUGCACAACAUGGAAACAAUAACAUGUGCCCUGUGCCUCAAGAAUGCAUGUUCAUAUACUAGUUUAAAUCAGACCAGAGUCAAGUAAUUACAGUGGCUUGCGAAAGUAUUCACCCCCCUUGGCAUUUUUCCUAUUUUGUUGCCUUACAACCUGGAAUUAAAAUGGAUUUUUGGGGGGUUUGUAUCAUUUGAUUUACACAACAUGCCUACCACUUUGAAGAUGCAAAAUAUUUUUAUACAAACAAGAAAUAAGACCAAAAAAACAGAAAACUUGAGCGUGCAUAACUAUUCACCCCUCCAAAAUCAAUACUUUGUAGAGGCACCUUUUUGCAGAAAUUACAGCUGCAAGUCUCUUGGGGUAUGUCUAUAAGCUUGGCACAUCUAGCCACUGGGAUUUUUGCCCAUUCUUCAAAGGCCAAACUGCUCCAGCUCCUUCAAGUUGGAUGGGUUCCGCUGGUGUACAGCAAUCUUUAAGUCAUACCACAGAUUCUCAAUUGGAUUGAGGUCUGGGCUUUGACUAGGCCAUUCCAAGACAUUUAAAUGUUUCCCUUUAAACCACUCAAGUGUUGCUUUAGCAGUAUGGAUAGGGUCAUUGUCCUGCUGGAAGGUGAACCUCCGUUCCAGUCUCAAAUCUCUGGAAGACAGAAACAGGUUUCCCUCAAGAAUUUCCCUGUUUUUAGCGCCAUCCAUCAUUCCUUAAAUUCUGACCAGUUUCCCAGUCCCUGCCAAUGAAAACAUCCCCACAGCAUGAUGCUGCCUCAACCAUGCUUCACUGUGGGGAUGGUGUUCUCGGGGUGAUGAGAGGUGUUGGGUUUGCGCCAGACCUAGAGUUUUCCUUGAUGGCCAAAAAGCUAAAUUUUAGUCUCAUCUAACCAGAGUACCUUCUUCCAUAUGUUUGGGGAUUCUCCCACAUGGCUUUUGGCGAACACCAAACGUGUUUGCUUAUUUUUUUCUUUAAGCAAUGGCUUUUUUCUGGCCACUCUUCUGUAAAGCCCAGCUCUGUGGAGUGUUUGGCUUAAAGUGGUCCUAUGGACAGAUACUCCAAUUUCCGCUGUGGAGCUUUGCAGCUCCUUCAGGGUUAUCUUUGGUCUCUUUGUUGCAUCUCUGAUUAAUGCCCUCCUUGCCUGGUCUGUGAGUUUUGGUGGGCGGCCCUCUCUUGGCAGGUUUGUUGUGGUGUCAUAUUCUUUCCAUUUUUUAAUAAUGGAUUUAAUGGUGCUUACUGGGAUGUUCAAAGUUUCUGAUAUUUUUUUUAUAACCCAACCCUGAUCUGUACUUCUCCACAACUUUGUCCCUGACCUGUUUGGAGAGCUCCUUGGUCUUCAUGGUGCCGCUUGCUUGGUGGUGCCCCUUACUUAGUGGUGUUGCAGACUCUGGGGCCUUUCAGAACAGUGGGGGGAAAAAGUAUUUAGUCAGCCACCAAUUGUGCAAGUUCUCCCACUUAAAAAGAUGAGAGAGGCCUGUAAUUUUCAUCAUAGGUACACGUCAACUAUGGCAGACAAAUUGAGGAAAAAAAAUCCAGAAAAUCACAUUGUAGGAUUUUUUAUGAAUUUAUUUGCAAAUUAUGGUGGAAAAUAAGUAUUUGGUCAAUAACCAAAGUUUCUCAAUACUUUGUUAUCUACCCUUUGUUGGCAAUGACACAGGUCAAACGUUUUCUGUAAGUCUUCACAAGGUUUUCACACACUGUUGCUGGUAUUUUAGUCCAUUCCUCCAUGCAGAUCUCCUCUAGAGCAGUGAUGUUUUGGGGCUGUCGCUGGGCAACACGGACUUUCAACUCCCUCCAAAGAUUUUCUAUGGGGUUGAGAUCUGGAGACUGGCUAGGCCACUCCAGGACCUUGAAAUGCUUCUUACGAAGCCACUCCUUUGUUGCCCGGGCAGUGUGUUUGGGAUCAUUGUCAUGCUGAAAGACCCAGCCACGUUUCAUCUUCAAUGCCCUUGCUGAUUGAAGGAGGUUCUCACUCAAAAUCUCACAAUACAUGGCCCCUUUCAUUCUUUCCUUUACACGGAUCAGUCGUCCUGGUCCCUUUGCAGAAGAACAGCCCAAAAGCAUGAUGUUUCCACCCCCAUGCUUCACAGUAGGUAUGGUGUUCUUUGGAUGCAACUCAGCAUUAUUUGUCCUCCAAACACGACGAGUUGAGUUUUUACCAAAAAGUUCUAUUUUGGUUUCAUCUGACCAUGUGACAUUCUCCCAAUCCUCUUCUGGAUCAUCCAAAUGCACUCUAGCAAACUUCAGACGGGCCUGGACAUGUACUGGCUUAAGCAGGGGGACACAUCUGGCACUGCAGGAUUUGAGUCCCUGGCGGCGUAGUGUGUUACUGAUGGUAGGCUUUGUUACUUUGGUCCCAGCUCUCUGCAGGUCAUUCACUAGGUCCCCCUGUGUGGUUCUGGGAUUUUUGCUCACCGUUCUUGUGAUCAUUUUGACCCCACGGGGUGAGAUCUUGCGUGGAGCCCCAGAUCGAGGGAGAUUAUCAGUGGUCUUGUAUGUCUUCCAUUUCCUAAUAAUUGCUCCCACAGUUGAUUUCUUCAAACCAAGCUGCUUACCUAUUGCAGAUUCAGUCUUCCCAGCCUGGUGCAGGUCUACAAUUUUGUUUCUGGUGUCCUUUGACAGCUCUUUGGUCUUGGCCAUAGUGGAGUUUGGAGUGUGACUGUUUGAGGUUGUGGACAGGUGUCUUUUAUACUGAUAACAUGUUCAAACAGGUGCCAUUAAUACAGGUAACGAGUGGAGGACAGAGGAGCCUCUUAAAGAUUAAGUUACAGGUCUGUGAGAGCCAGAAAUCUUGCUUGUUUGUAGGUGACCAAAUACUUAUUUUCCACCAUAAUUUGCAAAUAAAUUCAUAAAAAAUCCUACAAUGUGAUUUUCUGGAUUUUUUCCCCUCAAUUUGUCUGCCAUAGUUGACAUGUACCUAUGAUGAAAAUUACAGGCCUCUCUCAUCUUUUUAAGUGGGAGAACUUGCACAAUUGGUGGCUGACUAAAUACUUUUUUUACCCACUGUAUACUGAGAUCAUGUGACAGAUCAUGUGACACUAGAACACACUGUACAACUCCUCGGCCGCUGGUCCUCUCAAGCCUAUCAUUCAUACAUCCGUUCUGACAUCAACAACAUCAGGACAGCCCAUAACAUGUCAUCUCUAAGAACCUGCAUUAACUCAGGCACAGUCCUCCAGUCUCUGCCUCAUUUCACGGACAACAUCUACCUCACACACCGUAUCCUACCCAACCAGCCAAAGAGGAUUGGCUCCCCAGCUGAUCCUGGUUUCUCUCAAGGUUUCUCUUCCUUUAAGGGAGUUUAUUUUAUUUUCUUGCCACCAUCGCUUCUGCUUGCUCUCCUGGGGUCUAAGGUUGGCUCACUCUGUGGGCAUUUCGUCCAUACACCUUUACUACCUCAAGCGAUAUCACCAACCAUUCAGCACCUGCAGUCCAAAACAGCUCACUUCCUCUCCAGGAUCCGACAGGAGAGUUGUCUUUUUGGGGAUUGCCUUCACCACAGCAGCCUAACUACCACGUCCUGACGGUGUAGUCUACCUGAGGCUCCAAGCCAAACCAUACAGAGUCAACCCCUCCGCAUCCCUCCUCUGAGGCCUCUGCUUCAUCCGGUCCAUUCUCAUUUCCUGAAUCCACGUUCUCACAUCCAUUCUCAUUUCCUGAAUCCACGUUCGCACAUCCAUUCCAUUUCCUCAAUAAAUAUUCUAAACCCAUUUAAUGUCUGGUCCUUAAACUGGUGAAUACUGUAGCCUUACGUAGAGCCUCAAUACAAGACCCUGAUAUGACCUAUUUACCAUAAACAAUGUCUGGUUAAAGGUAAAUGUAUUCUCAUCAUUUUAUUGGUUUUGCUCUUUCAUACACAGCCACGCCACCAAGGGAUGACUCAGCAGGUAAAUGGCUUACAUCAAGGGUUUCACUUAGUAGUUGGCUGAAAGUUAUUGAAUUAAAACCUUUACUGAUCUACUAUGCCGGUAUAUGGAUAUUCAUAUUGAUCGUAGUCUUUACAUUCUUUAAUAUAUAUUGUUUUUGUGUGGAGAGUGAGCUUGGGGAAAAGUUUGAUUAAACAUUUUAUUUAACAGUGGUCCACACGUUUUACAAUUUGACCAGCUAGGCAUUCCGUAUGAUAGAGGGAUGGUCAUUAUUUUGCAUAGUCAGCUUUGACAGGAAUGAAAUCACAGGAAUGGGGAAAACCUGAGACUAAAAUAGAUACUCAUUUUCUUAUCUUACCUCCACUCUAGUGACAACGAGGACUACUGUUCAAGAUCGGAUUCUAGAGACACUGGAGGAACUGGACAAAAAAGAGCUGAACAAAUUUCAGUGGCACCUGUCCCAUUUAAAGAGUGUGAACGGCUUCACUCCCAUCCCAAAGAGCCAACUGAAGAAGGCUGAAAGGCACGACACAGUGGAUAAGAUGGUGCAGCGCUACGGCCCUGAGGAAACUCUGAAGAUCUCAGUGAACAUCCUGACAAAGAUGCACCGCAACGAUCUCUCUGAUAGGUUACAGAAUAAUCACUGA